AUGCCGGACGUCAAGAAGUGCAAGAUCGCCCAUAAGGCCCCAGAGCAUGAGAGUGACGCUGAAUCAACAAGUUCUCACGAGUCCGGUGCUCAACAACAUACUACUACUAAGACGCAAGAUGAAGCGGCGUCCACAGAGACAAGGCCUGCCCCCAAGAGUUUCAAAGAUCUAGGCAUCAUCGAUCAACUAUGUGAAGCAUGUGAAAAAAUUGGCUACAAGGCUCCUACGCCGAUCCAAGCUGAAUCUAUCCCUCUAGCACUCCAAGGUCGUGACUUGAUCGGCUUAGCAGAGACCGGAAGUGGAAAGACAGCGGCUUUUGCUCUUCCUAUAUUGCAAGCUCUGAUGGACAAACCACAAUCGUUCUUCGGCCUCAUCCUCGCGCCUACCCGAGAAUUGGCUUAUCAGAUCUCAGAGUCCUUUGAAGCUCUUGGUUCUACGAUCAAUGUCCGAUGUGCUGUGAUCGUCGGAGGUAUGGACAUGGUCUCGCAGUCGAUCGCGCUUGGAAAGAAACCUCAUAUAAUCGUCGCUACGCCUGGUCGGUUGCUAGACCACCUGGAAAACACCAAGGGCUUCUCGCUACGGACUCUCAAGUACCUCGUCAUGGAUGAGGCCGAUCGACUCCUUGACAUGGACUUCGGCCCUCUUCUUGACAAAAUUCUCAAAGUUCUCCCCAGAGAGCGGCGCACAUUCCUUUUCUCCGCAACCAUGAGUUCCAAGGUCGAGUCGCUGCAACGAGCGUCGCUCUCGAACCCGCUGCGUGUAUCCGUAUCGUCGAACAAGUACCAGACCGUCUCGACACUGCUGCAGUCAUAUUGCUUCCUCCCCCACAAGCACAAAGAUCUCUACCUCGUAUACCUCCUCAACGAAUUCGUCGGCCAGUCCGCAAUUAUCUUCACUCGCACUGUUCAUGAGACACAGAGAAUCAGCUUUCUCCUUCGGUCACUCGGUUUCGGCGCCAUCCCGCUACAUGGUCAGCUCUCGCAGUCUGCUCGAUUGGGCGCUCUUGGGAAGUUCCGUUCCCGCAGCCGCAAUAUUCUUGUCGCGACGGACGUCGCAGCCCGUGGUCUUGAUAUUCCCUCCGUCGAUGUCGUGCUGAAUUUUGACCUGCCCACGGACUCGAAAACAUAUGUUCAUCGUGUAGGCCGUACGGCCCGUGCGGGAAAGAGUGGUGUCGCUAUUAGCUUUGUGACGCAGUACGACGUCGAAAUCUGGCUACGUAUAGAGGGAGCACUCGGGAAGAAGCUCAAGGAGUACGACUUAGACAAGGACGAAGUAAUGGUCUUGGCUGAGCGUGUCGGGGAGGCUCAACGGCAGGCUAUUGUGGAGAUGAAGAACUUUGAUGAAAAGAGAGGCACCAGGGCCAAGAAAUUCGGCAAAGGAAAACGCUCUCGAGAUGAGAUGGAUCAAGAAGAAGGCUAA